AUAUAUAAGGCUGUCUCCUUCCCCGCCUCCCAAUCCAUCGCCUCCUCUUUCUCGAUCGAGGUCCGCUUGAUUUCGUACUUGGUUGCUGCGGCAGUUCAUCUUCUUCCGCAUCUUUCGCGGCUGCUUUGGUAGAUCUAAUAAUAAUUUCCUUCUUUCACCGUUCCUUGUUGAAAUCUGUUGACUAGUUUUUAGGGUAUUGUUUUCUCUCAUCUGGGUUUUCCUUUCUUCCAUCUUCGAACGAGUACGAAUUCAAGUGCUACUAAGCCUCGGGGACCCUUCUGAACAUCUUUUGAUUCGGGGCGCGCUAUAGAGAUCUGAUCUUUCGUGAAACAUCCGUGUUUCUGGUUAUGGAAACUGGAUUUGGGGGUUUGUGAGCUUUUUUUUCUCAGAUUUCCUGGAAUAGAUUGAUCUGUACUUUUUAUGUUGUUGUUGGUUGGUUCUAUCACGGCAAUCGGAAAGCAAGAUGUUCUAUUUGGGGUGCUAUUGUCAACCGUAUUGUAGAGGAAUAGUAAGUGGGAACCUGUAAUAGAAGUCGGUGUCUUUUUGAUGCAGGUACACCGGAUACAUCAGUUUCUACAAACUAAAAUGGCGGAUGAGGAACCAGUUGAUCCAAAGCAGUAUCUUGAGGAUACUUGCAAACCAAAGUGUGUACGGCCUUUACGUGCAUAUCAGGCAUGCGUUAAGAGAAUCAAAGGAGAUGAAACUGGGCAUAAGCAUUGUACUGGACAAUACUUUGAUUACUGGAAGUGUAUCGAUGAGUGUGUUGCACUUAAGCUUUUCGACAAACUGAAGUGAUCGGAAAAGAAUCUACAUUUCAAUAACUUUCAUUGAAUGUAAAGAUUAAUCUUUCUGGAAAUUUUUCAAAAGAAAGUAAUAAGAACAAUUGCCUGGUAGUAACUGCUAUAAUGUUCUUGUGAUCAGCCAUUUUGUGCACUAAGAUCUGUUUGACAAUACUACUUCAUAGAACAAAAAAUUGUUCUUCAGUAAAUUUUCCUCAUCAG